AACAUCAAAACGUGCUUGCUAUUUAAUUAUUUUGUUUCAUUUCACGAGAAUCAAAAAUGACCUGUGCUGGUAAAGAAGGCAGUUUUCUCAUUUACAAUGGUAGUAACUUUUUAAAACAACGGCUUAUUCUUUCCACACUGAGUGGAAAACCGAUAGCAGUGCGAGAAAUACGUACGCUAGAUGAAAACAAUCCCGGCCUGCGGGAGUAUGAAACGAACCUGCUGCAACUGUUGGACAAGAUUACAAACGGAUCGCGCACCAGAGUGGAUAGCAGCGGACAAUCGUUUACCUAUCAACCUGGUCUACUGUUCGGCGGGACCAUACACCACGAUUGUAGCACUGACCGUGGAAUAGGCUACUUUUUGGACGUGCUGGUCGCUCUUGGUCCAUUUUGUAAAAAGCUGCUACAUGUAACACUUACCGGAGUCACGAAUAGCAAGGAAAGUCCAUCUGUGGACCACAUUAAAGCCUCGGCACUGCCCACUCUGAAACGUUUCCUGCUAGUUGAUGAUGGUCUCGAGCUGAGCGUUCAAAAGCGUGGCAUGAUGCCGAACGGAGGAGGGGAGGUCACAUUUCGGUGUCCGGUGCGUAAAUCACUCAAAGCCAUUCAGUGCACUAAACAGUCGAUGGUAAAGCGGAUCCGUGGAACAGCCUAUUGUUGCAAGGUUAGUCCGGCAAUGGCAAAUCGAGCCGUUGAGCACGCGAAAGGAGUGAUGCUUAAUUUUCUUCCGGAUGUCUACAUAAACACCGACCAGCACAAAGGCAAGCGGUCAGGCAAUAGUCCAGGGUAUGGCAUAAAUUUGGUUGCCGAAACUACUGACGGUACUAUGUUUUCUGCCGAGGCACUAUGCAAAACCAUGGAAGAGGAGGGCAAUCCGUCGAUACCAGAAGAUUUGGGGCGGAGUGCGGGAAUACGAUUGCUGGAUGAGAUUUAUCGAGGAGGCUGUGUGGAUUCCACGUUCCAGUGGUUGGCCGCCCUAUACAUGGCACUGGCGCAGAAGGAUGUGUCGAAAUUUCUUAUAGGGCCGUUAUCUCAAUACACCGUCUACUUUUUGCAACAUUUGAGAGAGUUUUUCGCCAUAACGUUCAAACUAGAGAAUGCAAAUGGCGAUGACGAUGAGGUUGAUGAGCAGGACGAGGAUAAACUGUCCGGUUCGAACAAAGUAAUGCUGACGUGCGUUGGAAUCGGUUACAGUAACUUUAGCAAGCGUGCUAAUUAACUAUUUCGAAGGAUCAAUAAAUUUAUGAAAGUAUGUCGAAAGCUUUUGAAUGCU